AUGGAUUCUCAUGUGCAGGAUAGAUGUCUAUGUGUUGCAGAGGAGUUCAUUCGCCGGCAUCCGAUGACGGCUCUGAGAACGCAUAGCGGGGUAGCAUCGCGACAUCUUAUGCCGAAGGGCCCACUUAAGGGUCAACAGUAGUGGCAACGCCCCUCCAUCCAUCGGUUACUUAUCCUAACGACCACAAUACAGCCCUGCACUUACAUAUUUUCACCAAAGCCCAAGGUGCACCCUUAUAUCCUGUAUUUACCACUACAUUAUAGCCACCAUAAUGCCAUUCGACACGCCACUGAAGACGGCCUUCCAGAAGCAGGACACUGCAUAUGGCUUCUGGCUAACUAUACCGAGCGCUGGUGUUGCAAAGACUAUUUUGCGGCCAAGCCGUGGACAAUUCAAAUGGGUUCUGAUUGAUGCCGAGCAUGGCUUGAUCAACGACACUCACUACUAUGAGCUUGUGAACGCCGUGGCUUCCGAAGGCGCCAGCCCAAUUAUUCGCGUGCCGUGGGGUGAGGAGUGGAUGCUCAAGCGCGCUCUUGACGCUGGUGCGCAAGGCAUUGUCACACCUAUGUGCCAUUCGGAGGAAGAUGCAAAAAAGAUCGUGAAAUACUCAAAGUACCCUCCCACCGGCACUAGAGGGUAUGGCCCGAUGUUUGCACAUUCCGUACCAGGCGUAUUUGGUGCGGAGUAUGACGACAACGCAAAUGACAGCCUCCUCGUAAUCGUUCAAAUUGAGUCCAGGCAAGGUGUAGAGAGUGUAGAAAAGAUUGCUGCCGUUGAUGGAAUCGACGUUCUCUUCAUUGGUCCCUUCGACCUCGCGAAACAAAUGGGUGUUCAACGCGGCGGCGAAGAGCACGAGGCCGCAAUUCAGCGAACACUUAAGGCUGCGCAUUCGUCCGGCAAGAAGGCCGCCAUUUUCUGCACCAAUGGAGAGGACGCCAACAACCGCAGGGAACAAGGAUUUGACAUGAUUUCCGUCAUCACGGACGUGGGAGUCUUAGCCGAAGGAAUGUUGCGCGAGCUCGGCGUUGCAAAGGGUCAGACGCAGGAGAACAAGCCACGGGAAGGAUACUGAUGGACUGGUGACGAUAAAUUCACCCUUUCUCAACAAAUGUUGGCAAGGCUGAUUGGAGUCAAUAAAAGGAAUCUUCUAACAGUACAAAUACUUCCCAGUGCAAUGGGACUAUAUUGAUCUAGAUCCUUAGAAAUUUACGCCAUC